UUGCGCGCAGUUUGGUUUGAAGAUUAGCGGCGUUAAUGAAUAUUAACACUGUCCACGAGCACAACCUUUUCCUCGGUAAACAGCCGAGAAACAUAAACGAGUCACGUGAUACCUAGGCGUUGGUCGAAAAUAUUUCGACAAGUUUUGCACAAUUAUAACCGAAAGAUAUUAUUACCUCAGAUGCCAAAAGUCUGAAGGAAUUCCGAUGCCGCGUUCUUCAUUAUUUUUAAAGCGGAAUCGACUUUUUUGAAAGCCAAUUUUUGGGCAACACGGCGGCGCUGCUGAACUCCCGUAUUUUAAUUAGGUUAAGUUUCGGUUUUUGAUUGAAAAAACAAAAGAAAAUCGCGCAUCUUCUCUUCGGCGAUAAAAUCGUGGCAGGUGUGCAUAUUUUAGUUUGGAAUUUUUUUGGAAAUAUUGGCGGGGAGCGUGACCUUUCAACUUUUGGGGCGAGAAGAUGGCAGCGUUGGUGAAUGGCUUGAGGCUCCAAUUUAGGACUGUGCUUGGCAGGACUUUACUGGGCUGUUGUCACAAAACAACAAAGUUCAUGACGUAUGUGGGUGAUAAACCAGAUUCUGAUCAGAAUAACACGGUUCCACAAUGGAGGACACAGCAACCGAUUCAUCGACCCUUCAGCACCGCGGCAGACCAGGCUACCUUCGAUAUGAUAUCACACUACAAGGAAAGGCCAUGGGAGUACCUGGAGAGUGAAGAGUACUUGGAGCGAUAUGGCAACCGGCCAGUGUGGGCUGACUAUCGGAGGAACCACAAAGGUCUAAUUCCACCACAGAAGACCAGGAAGACCUGUAUAAGGGGUGACAAGAUCAGUGGCAAUCCCUGCCCCAUAUGUCGAGACCCAAAGAUUCAGGUUGAUUACAGGAAUGUGAGGCUCCUGGAGCAGUUCAUUUGUCCCCACUCCGGUGAAACCUACCAUUCCACCAGAACCGGAGUGUGCAUGAAACAGUACAAGAAAUUGAGCAAAGCAAUCCAGGAUGCAAAGGAUCACGGGCUGCUCAGGUUCCAAGUGCCCCAUGUUGAGAUACGACUGGAAGACUACUGUGGCUCCCACGGUGCAGUGGGUAAAACACCACCCCCACCUCAGCAGCAGGAACCGUGGUACAGCUGGUACCAGUGGCAGGCACCACCCGAGAAGGACGUCGCUCGGAUUCGGCAGACAUACAGACCUUUCCUGAAAGACGAUAUCAUUUGAAACUCCACAUAAAACAUGACUUUCAAGUGAUUAUGCUACUACUUGUAAGCACAACCACAAGCUUGGAGUGUGGUAGUUACAAUAUGUUAAUAUUUUUCAAUAAAAUGUGAAUGAAUCUG